AUGGGUGUUCGACGAGCAGCAAUAGCAGUUCUGAUAGUAGAUCUUUGGGGUGGUUAUGCUGAAAGAGCUGCAUUUCGAGAAUGGGAUAAUGAUACAAUGACAGUGACAUUUUCAUCAUCAAAAGCUAUUGGUUCUUUAAUUAUUGCUAUUCUUGUUAGCCGUGGACAAUUGCAAUAUGAUGAUAAAAUUGUAAAAUAUUGGCCUGAAUUUGGUGCUGAAAAUAAGGAAAAUAUCACCGUUCAAUGGAUUCUUGAACAUAAAGCUGGUUUAUUUACAUUUGAUGAAGAAUUAACAAUAGAACAAGCUCGAGAUCAUCAAUAUAUAUCUCGUAUUAUUGAAAAAAUGAAACCGAAGUGGCCUGCAGGUACUGCAGUAGGUUAUCAUGCAAUAACAUUUGGUUGGCUAUUAGAUCAAAUUGUACGACGUGUUGAUCCACUAAAACGUAGUAUUGGACAAUUUUAUCGUGAAGAAAUACAAAAAUAUAUGGAUGAUAAGGAUUUCUACUUGGGUUUACCUCGAGAUAAGCAUCAUCGAGUAGCUCGAAUUGUUCAACCUACAACAUUUGAAUUUGUUUAUGAUAUGGCUACAAAUUUGCAGUAUUAUCCACUCAUAUUUAAUUGUGUCUUCAGCUUUUUUCAUUGUGAAAUGUACAGCGGUGGAAAGUAUCCGUUAUGGCUUAGCUUCUUAAAUGAUGAAAUGCCAUAUAAUAAUCCAGCAGUUCGAGAAAUAGAAAAUGUUGCAGUAUUAGGUAUUGGAACUGCUCGAGGACUUGCAAAUGUUAUUUCUACAAUUUGGAAGAAAAAUUUAAUAAGUGAAAAAGUAUGGAAAGAAAUAAGUAAACCAGUGGAAUAUAGCCAAGAUAGAAUAACAUAUUUCAAUCUUUAUCGUGGUCAUGGCUUCUUCUAUAGACCACAUCCAAUUCGUCAAAAUGAAUUUCUGAUCAUACAUCCUGGUCAUGGAAAUCAAAAUUUGAUCAUUGAUCCGUUUAAUAAGAUUGUGGCAGUAAUGAUAAGAAAUGCUAUCAUGUGGAGACGAAGCGCAUUGAGUGAAAGUUUUGAUUUAGCAAGUGAUAUUAUUAAAAUUACUAAUGCAAAUAAUUAA